AUGAAGACAGGGAAGCUGUGGCGCUUGAACUUCCUGCCCCGGAACGACAGCAGGGGCCGCCUCAUGAGGUGGAGGAGCCCACAGGCAGACCCAGCUCCUACGCCAAUUCAGGAGUUGGUAAUAGAGCUGGAGGGAGAAGGGAGCGGCUUGGGCAAUCGUUUUGAAGUCCUUAGUACGUUAGGGGAAAGCUGUGGGGUGGCUAGGACAUUAGAGGCUGUCCGUGCCUCCUCAUCUCCAACGUCCUCCCAAGGAGAGGCACACGCGUCAUUAGAGGAGCUUCAACUUUUUAACCAGGAGAACGCCACCCAAGCGGAGCUUCCUGCUAGUUUUGGAGAAGAGGCCAAACAGGACCCGAAGGAUACCCAAGGUGCGGACAUCAAGAGGAAGCCCAUGUCUGAGGUUAAGCAUUUGGACGAGGUCCGUAGAAGGCUAAAGCUAGACCACGGGAACUCGUUCUUAAACGGUAAGGUGUGGUGUUUAUGGAGUGGGACUCUCAGGCUCUCUUUUCAGGAGGGUGAAGAUCAAGUUGUGCAUGGUGGACUCACGUUCCAGUCUGGCGAGACUAUUUCUGUUUCGGCGGUCUAUGCAAAGUGCACUAGAGUGGGGAGACGGCCCCUCUGGAGCUGCUUGGAGGGCUUCAGUAGGGGAAGGAAUGAGCCGUGGAUCAUAGCGGGGGACUUUAAUGUGAUCGCGUCCUCGGAAGAGCGGAGAGGGGGCCGUCCAGCUAAUGGCACUAACAUGGACGAGUUCAAUUCAUCCAUGUUCACAUGUGGACUCUCCCUAGUUGACUUUGAUGGGUGUCCCUUCACCUGGACGAAUGGCAAGAUUUGGCAGCAUUUGGACAGGGCUCUCAUUAAUGCCCGGUGGGCGGCGGCAUAUCCAGUCACAAGAGUCUCUCACCUUCCCCGGGUCUGGCAAGGGUCGGGCUCAGGUGUCGGGAUGCAACUGUUCUACUCCAAGCUGUCGUCCCUUCGAACUCAGCUGAGGAAGUGGAACAAGGAGGAAUUCGGGAAUAACUUUGCUCGAGUUCAGUCAGCAGAGGUUACAUACAAACAACGAGAAGCAGAGUUCGACUCAACAGGCGACGUUUCCUCGAUGACCCAUUUACAUGAGGCAAGGGCCAUGUACCUAAGAGAAUUUGUCAAUGGAAUUGGGUACGUCCCUCCUCCCACUCUGCCCCAAGAGUUGCCUAGAGUUUCGGAGGAAGAGGACGCGGGGUUACGGCAUUUACCGGAUCUGGAAGAGAUCCGAGCAGUGGUGUUCGCUAUGGAUGCAAAUAGCGCUCCGGGGCCAGACGGGUUCGGGGUGGGCUUCUAUCAACAGUGCUGGGAGAUCAUCAAAGCAGAUCUACUUGGGGCAGUGCAGGAUUUUUUUAAGGGAGUGCAGCAACCCAGGGGCUUCUCAAGUGCGUUACUGGUAUUGAUCCCAAAGACGGAGGGGGCCUGCCAGUGGAAGGACUUCAGACCAAUUAGCCUUUGUAACACAAGUUCCAAGAUCAUAUCGAAGAUUCUGGCAAAUCGAUUGGGGAGUCUGCAACCCAAGCUCAUUUCGCCGUGGCAGACAGGGUUUGUUCCAGGAAGGGGCAUUAUGGAUAAUAUCUUGCUGGCUCAGGAGCUAGUGUUGGAGUUAGAUAGGAAACUGACCCACCCAAAUUUGGUGCUCAAACUUGAUAUGGAGAAAGCGUAUGAUAGAGUGGAAUGGCCUUUCCUUCUGUUUAUGCUUAGGAGCUUUGGAUUUUCAGAGUCUAGCAGGGGAGUGCGACAGGGGGAUCCGUUGUCACCUGCGCUCUUUUUGUUUGCAGCGGAGUUCCUUGGGCGGGGCCUCCAGCAGCUUGGACUUAAUCAUAAGGAUAGACGUUUUGUGUCUGCUGGUGCCACGGUGCCCUACCUGGCUUUUGCCGAUGACACAAUCAUCUUCACUCGGUGCUCGGAACCGUCCCUGACAGCUCUCCAUGAGUUUCUCCUGCUAUAUCAAAAACAGUCCGGGCAGAAGGUAAAUACGGGGAAGAGUACUCUCCUUACGCCCGCUCGCAUGUCGGAGGAACAUAUUAGGUUGGUGGAGACAACCUUGGGCUUUUAUAGACAGUCUUUUCCAAUAAAAUAUCUAGGGGUUCCCCUGGUCCGUGGAAGAAUGGGCACCAUAGUCUUCGAUCCCCUACUAGCGAAGUUACGGGCACGCCUAUUCCAUUGGAGCUCUAAACUUCUGAAGACUGCACUGGGCGGCGUGGGAGAAGCUAUCUUCGCCUGUAAGUCAUGGUGGCAGUUACGGAAAAAUGAUUCGAUAUGGGCUGGCUAUAUGCACAGUAAGUACAUUAAGAACUCUCACCCGUCAAUCGCUGUAGUGGAUCACCUCCCGGCAUCAUGGCGACGUUUGUUAGCAGUUCGAGAUUUUGCGGAGAGGCGGAUUCGCUGGUGCCUAGGGAAGGGAAUAGUUGACUUCUGGCACGAUACCUGGUGUGGUGAUCUACCUCUAGCGCUAGUGGUGGGGGUCGCCAAUCCUCCUCAUGCCCUGGUGGCAGAGUUCUUCACAGCUCAUGGCUGGAAUGUUCCUCGGCUUAAGGAGUGGGUGCCCGACUUUGUGGUGCAGCGGAUCACUAACAUCCGUUUCUUUCCUGAACAGGACGAUGCCAUGGUUUGGGUACCAUCACACAAUGGGGAUUUCUCUGUGGCCUCCGCGUGGGAGGACAUCCGCCAAAGACGUCAUACAUCGUGGAUUGAUCGCUAUAGCAAGGGGGUCGCUUUAUGUUCUAGGUGUAGCUGUUGCCACCAGGCUCAAGAGACUGUCAGUCACUUGUUCCUAAAUGGCACUGUGGCUAGGACGGUGUGGGACCAUUUUCUCAAAAUGUUCGGUCUUCUUCCGGUUAACGCGGCCAGCGUGUCGGCUAUGCUAUCCCACUGGUUCUUCUCUCACUCCAAAGUGUCACCAACACAUGUGCGGGUCCUGGUCCCUUUAUUGGUUCUCUGGUUCAUUUGGAAGAGCAGAAACUCAAUAAGAUUUGAAGCUGCUUCGUUCUCUCCGACCCAGGUGAUCUCCCGGGUUGAGGAGUUUUUGGAUCAGAUGGGUAAGUCUCAGGCAUUCUCCACGACCUCUUUUGCAGGUGAUCGGGACUGUCCAUGGGCAAGGUUUGGAGGCCCCUGUAGGUGGGAUAAAAGUGUUGUCCCUGUUACUUGGGAAAAGCCACCGCCGGGUUGGCUCAAGCUUAACACUGAUGCCGGUGUCCUGCACGGCAAGGCAGCUGGGGGAGGGGUCCUGCGGGACCACUGUGGUAAGGUGUGCUUCGCCUAUUAUAAGGAGUUCGGAGAGUUAGACGUGUUGGAGGCAGAGGCGUGGUCACUCCUGCAUGGCCUCCAGCUGUGUGCAGAUCGCAAGGUCCGAGCGCUAACUGUAGAAUCAGAUUCAAAGCGGAUGGGUGCAUCUCUUCACCAUAUAUUCCGUGAGGCCAAUUCGGUGGCGGACGCAUUGGCUUCUCUGCAAUUGGGAAGGCAGCAGUACUACAUCUCAGGUGCGGCUCUGCCUAUCAGGCCCAGAGGAGAGGCUCUUCUGGAUCGUCACGGAGUACCUCGGAUCCGGGAGGUGCUCACUAAGGCUUGA